CGAGUUUGAGAGUUCGUUAUAAAUUUGGAAUAAGCUUCUUUAGAAUCUCACUGUCACUGCGCGCACAACCCUAUCACACACCAAGUCUUUUGCUCUAAUCUCUGCCAUGGCGAAGAACCAACCGCCACUCUCUGUCAAGGACGCCGUCUACAGAAUCCAACUCUCCCUCCUCCAAGGCGUUUCCAAUGAGAACCAGCUUUUCGCGGCUGGCUCUGUCAUCUCCCGCUCUGACUACAACGACGUCGUUACCGAGCGCGCUCUUGCUAACCUCUGCGGCAACCCUCUCUGCUCCAAAUCCCUCCCCUCCGAUCGACCUCGUAAGGGUCGUUACCGUAUCUCGCUGAAGGAGCAUAAGGUCUACGAUCUCCAGGAGACUUAUAUGUAUUGCUCCUCAGAUUGUGUGAUCAAUAGCGGGACCUUUGGUAGGAGUUUGAGCGAAGACAGGUGUUCGGUUUUGGAUUCUUCAAAGAUUGAAGCGGUUUUGGGGUUGAUUGGGGAUUCGAGUGAGAUAAGUGAAGUGGGUUUAGGGAAAGAUUGGAAUUUGGGUUUUUCUAAGCUAACGAUUAAGGAGAAGACAGAAACCCAUGUUGGGGAAUUGAAUUUGGAGGAGUGGGUUGGUCCCUCUAAUGCGAUUGAAGGUUAUGUACCGCAGAGAGAACGGAAUUUCAAGCCAGUGGGUUCGAAAACUUCCAAGAAAGGGUCUAAACCUAACAAUGCGGUUCUUAUCAAUGACAUGGACUUCGUGAGUACCCUUAUAACAGAAGAUGAAUAUACUGUAUCCAAAACGCCAUUGAGUUCAAAAAACACCGGUUUUGAUAUUAAACUAAAACAACCAAAAGAAAAUUUGGGGAAGAAGGAGAUGGAAAAUCAGUUUACUUUAUUGGACACAUCGCAUACUCCCAUGAGCAAUGAUUUAGAAAGGAAAACCAAACAAUUGGAAGGGGGGAAUUGUAUAACUGUUUCAAGAGAUGAGCUUGGUAUUCAGGAGGUGCCUUCAACUUCAUCGUCUUCCCAACUUGGUUCGCAUUCAAGCUCUGGAAAAGUAGGAGAGGUAUCAAAGAGGACAAAGAAAUUGACUGAGGCUACUCUUAAAUCCUCUCUGAAAGCUUCUCGGAAAAAUAAACUUAGUCGCUCUGUUACCUGGGCUGAUGAGAAAACUGAUAGCUGUGGGAAAAUUAAUCUUUGUGAGGUUAGAGAAAUUGAAGAUAAAAAAGAAGCUACUUCUAUAUUAGGCAAGACAGGCAAAGUGUCUCUUAAACCUUCAGGGUCACUGAAAGCUAGUACCUCCAGUUCUUUGGCGGAUGAAAAGUGUGAUACCAACGUGAGUAAAGAUGCUUGUGAGGUUAGAGAAACGAAAGAUAUGAAUCAAACUUCUGAUAUGCUUAGUAAGGACAUUGGAGAUGAUGAUGUGUUGCGCCUUGCAUCAGCGGAGGCUUGUGUAAAUGCAUUGAAUGAGGCAUCAGAAGCUGUUUCUGCUGGAGAAUUUGAAGUCAGUGAUGCAAUGUCUGAAGCUGGAAUUAUUAUAUUGCCCCGUCCAGAGAAUGUGAAUGAAGGAAAGUCUUUGGAGGACAACGAUACAUCUGAACCAGAACAAGCUCCUUUGAAAUGGCCAAAAAAGCCUGGAAAUCAGCAUUCUGAUGUGUUUAAUCCUGAAGAUUCUUGGUUUGAUGCUCCACCUGAGGGGUUUAGUUUAAAUUUAUCACAUUUUGCACAAAUGUGGAAUGCACUAUUUACAUGGACGACGUCAUCCACUUUGGCUUAUAUAUAUGGGAGGGACGAAAGUCUUCAUCAAGAGUAUUUAUCAGUUAACGGGAGGGAGUAUCCUCAAAAGAUUGUUUUAGGAGAUGGUCGUUCUUCUGAAAUCAAGCAAACACUUGCUGGUUCUCUUGCUCGUGCUUUACCAGGACUUGUUGCUGACCUCAGGCUGCCAAUACCAGUGUCUAGUUUGGAGCAAGGAAUGGGGCGUUUAUUAGAAACAAUGUCUUUUGUUGACGCACUGCCACCAUUCAGAAUAAAGCAAUGGCAAGUAAUAGUCCUUCUCUUCAUUGAGGCUCUCUCUGUUUGUAGACUUCCUGCACUUAUACCACACAUGACACAUAGAAGGGUGUUGUUCCACAAGGUGUUGGAUGGUGCCCAAAUUAGUGCUGAAGAGUACGAGAUAAUGAAGGAUUUGAUGCUACCACUUGGCCAAACACCCCAUUUGUCAGCUCAGAGUGGUGCUUAGUGAAAGAACUUAGCUCAGCUUCAUUGGGCUCUACAACUCCCAUAAUCAGUUUUGGAAAUUCUGGUUGUGGGUCUAUGAGAUGAACUUAGAAGUAAUUAUGGAAGAUUUUGCUUCUGAAAAAAUGAGAGAAUUUUUUAUACUUAUACAAAAGUGUUAAUAUAUCCAGACAGACUAAUUGGGUCUGAAACUGAAGGCAUUUUACAUCUACUUGUAUUAUGUUCCACAAAACUGCCCGGUGACAUCUUUGUAUGAAAUUUUGGUUGUGAAGAUUUUGACUUUGAUAUGAUAUGAUAGUGUUGCUCAAACCUUAAUGAA